AUGUUUGGGUGUGUUGUGGUGGGUGUUGGCAUAGCAGGACGGGUGAGGAUCCGGGACCUGCUCGCCCCUCUGCCCGCCAGCGCUGCAGAAAUCUUCUCUCUGAAGGGCUUCGUGUCCAGGAGGACUCUACAGGAGCAGCAAGUCCAGCAGAUUUCUUUAGAGGAGGUGCUGAGCCGUAGCGACAUUCAGGCCGUCUUUGUGUGCACAGAAAACAGCAACCAUGAAGAAGAUGUCAGGAGGUUCCUGGAGGCGGGGAAGCACGUAUGUGUGGAGUAUCCCAUGUCCCUCAGCUACCAGGCUGCUGCUGAUCUUUGGGACCUGGCACAGCAGAAAGGUCUGGUUCUUCAUGAGGAACAUAUCGAGCUCCUCACCCCUCACUUCAAGCAGCUGAAGAAGGACAUAGCUGGAAAGCAGCUGGAAGAGGGAAGCCUGCAUUUUACAGGAGGGGCGCUGAAGAGCGAUUUCGGCUUCCCCUCGUUCAGCGGCAUUGCUCGUCUCACCUGGUUGGUGGAUCUGUUCGGAGAGCUGAGCGUCUGGGCGGCGACGCUGGUGGAGGAUCCAGAGAGGAAGCAAAUGAAGAUGACGGCACAACUACUGACCAGAGAUCAGAAACCCCUCACCUGGACGGAGGAACGCGCCGAAGGCCUGGGCCGCACCAAACGCAUCCACCUGCGCUUUACCACCUGUACCGUGACUGAGCUACCGGUCGGCGUCCGGGAGCCCGUGGGCCUGUUCAUGCAGGACAUGGUACAUUUCGGACGCAAGGGGCAGGGCGCCGUGCCCGUGGAGGAACUCCAGGCCGAGAAAAGGAGAAUCCUUCACUGUCUGAAGCUGGCGGACUGUAUCAGGCAGCUGUGCCAGGGCUCGGCAGCAUGAAAUACCCUCACUGAGGCAAUGUUUAGGAUUCAGAAAAGGUCAAGUGUUUUACUUAAGUUUGUUUUAUAUUAACAUUUAUUCAUUUUUAUUCCUGUGCUAUUGUUUUAACA